GAGGUUUGCCUGCUUCCCCAAGAUGGCGGAGUCCAUAGAGGAGUUGUUGUCUGCGCUGACAGGACCCGGGGAGCCCCUGGAGGAGCUGAAGACCCUGAAGACGGCGGCGCUGGCCCUGCCCCUGAGCGUCCUGAGAGAGCGGGCCCCGGGGCUGCGGCUGGGCCCCAUCUUCUCCCUCAUGAACGACCGGGACACGGAGCAGGUCACAUUGUGUGUUGCGAUUCUGGAGCGAUUCCUUCAAGCCUCGGAGCCGCUUCACAUCGCCCGGAAUUAUAAGGAAGAACUCCAGAGGGGGCUGUAUCACCCGGAGGAGGGCGUGCGGCUGCUGGCUAUAUCACAGGUUGGUAGAAUUGCGGAAAGUUCGGAAGCCAGGACAGAAAUAUUGAACAAUCUGGAAUUACUGAAACAGCUGAUUCUGUGCAUCGGAGAAGACAAGAUCGCUGUGGCGAAGGAGGCUGCCACGUCCCUCGCCAGGAUUGCCCGGAGCGCACCCGGUGUCCAGCUGCUGUUCGGAGGCAACUUGUUAGCAGACCUGAGAUCUGUCAUGGCGGUCAGUGACGUCGUUCGUUACAGAGUCUAUGAGCUGGCGGUGGGCCUCUCGUCUGUGUCCGCAGAGUCUCUGAGCGUCUGUGCCGAUAGCGGCAUUGUGCCUCAGCUCCUGGAGGAGCUCACCGGAGACGACAUCCUGGUCAGGGUGACCUGUGUGGAAAUGGUCUCUGCGCUGGCGGGCACACUUCAUGGGCGCCAAUAUCUCGCCCGGCAAGGAACCAUCGACAAGAUAUCGAAUCUGAUUGUUGGGGCCGACUCGGACCCCUUCUCCGGGUUCUAUUUGCCAGGAUUGGUGAAAUUUUUUGGAAAUCUGGCGAUCAUGGAGAGUCCGCAGCAGAUCUGUGAGUAUUACCCAGCAUUCCUGCAGAAGGUUUUUCACAUGGCGGAAGGUCACGAGACCACCAUGAUCGGCGUCGCUGUGGACACACUGGGGGUCUUGGGCUCCAACGUAGAAGGAAAGCAAGUCCUGCAGAAAACAGGAACCCGAUUUAUUAAUGUUUUCAAGCGAAUCGGCCACCAUGCGAGCGAUGGCCCCACCGAGCUGAGAGUGCGAUGUUUAGACGCCAUCGCCUCCAUCUUGUUCCUGCCGCCGGAUAAUCACACGGAGGAUCUUCUAGCAAUGGCUGAAUCCUGGUUCCGGUGCCUGUCCACUCAGCCCAUGGAAAUGUUCCGCAGCAUGGCCUCCCAGCCCUUCCCAGAGCUGCACUGCAGAGCCCUGAAGGUUUUCAUAGCCGUGGCCAACCAGCCGUGGGCGCAGAGAAUGAUGAUCGAGAGCCCCGGCUUCAUGGAGUACAUUGUGGACCGAAGCGUCGACCUGGACAAGGAUUCCAAGGACGCCAAGUUUGAACUUGUUAAAGCGCUUAUCAACGCCAAAACCACAGCGCAAGUGUUCGGGAACCAGCACUACCUGAGGCUGCGUGCCUACCACCGGGAGGGCCCCUACUACGUCAAAGCCGUGUGCACCGUGGCUGUGGAUGGAGCGGAGUAGGUAGCCGUAUGUAGGGGCCCUGCACUGUCUGUUCUGGGGGCGAUGGUGGCAGAAGAACCCCCAUCCAGAACGUCCUCUGUAACCUGAUAGUCCUCACUAUGCUCUGGAUCUCUGCUUGCUGUCAGGGUAUGUGAACACUCCUGAGGCCGCCUGUCCUGGUGUUCACUCUGGAGCAGGACGCCACCAGGUUCUUGUUUUUUAAGCCUUUGGAUAAAGUUCUACUCACUUACAGCAAGCAGAGGUCUUGGAAAUAAUGAGAAACUGAAUUAUGUGAGAAAACUACAGAAUGUUUCUUAUAUCAGGACUGAGCUCAUGGUCCAUGUGUCCUGAUGUGACCGCCCUGGGGGCCCCAGAGGAGGGGCCGAUGGACUGCAGCCUGUUCACACCUGUGCCCAAUUGUCAUGAAGUUGAUGAGAAUUGAUAACAAGAUGGCUUCCCAUUAAAGCAGCGGUAUGAGAUGAGGAGAGGGUCCUGCUUCUCCGGUUACAGCGCCCCCUCCCCAUC